AUGUCUUCGUCCAUCGCCAUUCCUACGGCGUCAUCUUCUGGCGGCGGCCCCAGCCACCACCACCAUCUUCGCCGCCACCACCGCCACCAACUUCGCUCCAUCGACGCUGGCGUGGGCUCCUCUUCCGGCCCGCACGCCUCUACGGCCAUGUCUCCCUCCUCCUCGACGUCCUCUGCACACUCGCCUGCCUCGUCUCUUGCCUCAUCUUCCGACUACUCGGGGUCGCCUUCCAAGUCGUCCUCCGUCUUGUCUCAGUCGCCACUGUGCACCCGAAAGCAGCGGAUGUUUUACCAGCGUCGGCCUAGUCUGCUGAGCUCUGCUAUCUCCAAACAGGAGGCCCAAGUGAUCAAUAUCGGCGACCCGGAUGGUCCUCCGCGUCUGAUCUCGUAUCUUUCGUCGAGCCAAGGGUUCACAUGGAAUCCUGAAAUAUUCGUCCCUUCUUACAUUGACUUUGACUAUACCCCACUCGAGAACCGGCGGGAACCAGUGCAUGAAAUCGUCCUGAGUGACGAGGAAAUUGCUGACAUGUUCCCCAAAUAA